UCUUCCCAGGCACCUCAACCCCUACUCACAUCUUGCGUCUCAAUGGGUCACAUGAUAGAGUGAGGCAAGGUUUCACCAUAGUUUCAUCCAAAAGCUCUGCUGAUAAUGACCCACACCUUUUUUUAUAACUUGGAUCUUGUGAUGAGGCACAUGAUCAAUAGUGUGCCUAUGAUCCUCUUAAGUGGACAACUCCCACUAGAGUUUAAACACCAAAGGAGAAACCUCUUCAAAAAGCUUAAUGAGGUCCAGUCGCCGUCUUCCAAAGCUGCUUAGAUCGAAUAAACGGUAAAUGGACUGGUUCUUAUUUAACUCAACACAACGUGCCUCAUUCACCUGUUCUAUAUAAGAGCUUUCUAUCUAACAUGCACACAUAUUUAUAUUCUGAUGGAUGCGUUGAAUCCAUCAGUCUUCUUCAGUAGUUUAUGUAGACUAAAAAUGACCAUGACAAGCAGAGGACGAAUGUCAGCACAUCAAAGUCUCUCGGUGGUUUUACUGCUUCCACUCAACUGAUAUAUGAGGAAAAAACACUUUGACUUCCUACUUUUGUUCUGUUUCAUUCAAAAAAACAAAACAUGUAGGUGUUGUGAAAAUUGUAAUAUUUGAUUUUAAAAGAGCAAUUCUGAUUCAAGAUGCACCUGAAGAAGUGAAGCAGUGGUCUGCAGGAAAGGAGUCUCUAAACAGGUAUGAACAGAUCCCUUCACUCAGCCUGUUUGUUUUAUGCAGAUGUAAGAGCUACACGAAGUCUUCCCUCUGUGACAGCAUGAGUGAUGAUGUCCAUCUUAGCAUGUUGCCAACGACUGUGCUGGUUUGACCCCUCCUCUCCCUGCAGGGUGGAGCCUGAUGGCGUCCGACGGGUGAGCUCGGAUCUGAAGAAGUAUUCCCAUCAACUCACAAUCGACCCAAACACAGUAUACAAAUGGAUCCACCUGUCUGACAGCAACAGAGAGGUGAUGCGUUUGAAUGCACAGCAGCCAUAUCCUGAUCAUCCAGAGAGAUUUGACCGCCCUCAGCUGCUGUGCACAGACGGGCUGACUGGUCCUUGUUACUGGGAGGUUGAGUGGAGUGGAUAUGUUUCUAUAGCAGUGAGCUACAAAGGAAUCAAACGGAGAGGACACAGUGAUGACUGCUUGUUUGGACUGAACAGUCAGUCCUGGAGCCUGGACUGCUCUUACUCUUACUCUGUCUUGCACAAUAACACAGAAACCUUCAUCCCCAAAGACGUUGUCUCCAACAGAGUAGCAGUGUAUGUGGACCAUCCUGCCGGCACGCUGUCCUUCUACAAUAUCUUCUUGGACUCUCUGAUCCACCUCCACACCUUCAACACCACAUUCACUGAACCUCUGUAUCCUGGAUUUGGAGUCUGGUCUCAUAAUUCUUCAGUGAGAAUAAUGAAGCCGGUCCAUGUGCACUGCUCUCCUCCAACAGAGUAGCAGUGUAUGUGGACCGUCCUGCUGGCACAGCAAACAACCUCUAUCCUGGAUUUGAAGCUUGGUUUCAUAAUUCUUCAGUCAGUCUGUGCUUAGUUCAGUAUAAAACUCUGAGAAGCACUGCUAAAUAGACCUUUCAGUCU